AUGUGCAACAAACGCAAGUCCUUCAUUGCGAAGAUCGUGCCCAAGGCCGGCGGUGUCUUGGGUCUGGUAAUUGUCUUGCCGGUCAGGACGUUGCAGCUGUCAAUGCUACCACCUUACAACUCCCUACUUAUACAGUCGCUACGUCUACGUCGCCAUAUGCUCAUCCCCAGUCCCAUCACAGCAGCAGCCAUGGUCGAAGCCAAGGGCCUAGGUCGUAACUACACCGGCACCAUCAACGCUUUACUAAUCGGUGUCUUCAUGCUCGCCUCAACCAUAUCGCACUCCCGAAACGCUCUUCUCGAAUUCGAGUGCAUCGUCAUGGGACUCUUGCAAUUCCUCUGCUCGCCAUUAUCAUCGUCUAUACCGUCCAAGUGUUCCUCGCUACCACUCGCGCCAUUCCUCGACAUCAGAUGUGGGCUUUCCGAGGGGCCUUUCUACGAAGAAGCCAGCCAUACACUGCGCUUCAUUGACAUUGUCAAAAAGCAUGUCUGGUGGGUUGAUUUGCGCGAGGGACCAUCAUCCGCGAAGAAGAUUGAAUACGAUAUCUCUUUCGGUGUUACAGCAAACCUCGCCUCGUCAACAGACUCAUUCUUAUUUGGCGGUAAACAUGGCAUUGGCAUCGCAAAACGCGAUAGCAGUGAAUAUAAAUACAUCAAGCGCUUCUGGCACGAGGCCGAAAUCUCUAAAAACUAUGAGACGAUCAUGCGUGCCAAUGACGGCGCAAUUGAUAGACAGGGACGUUUCUGGGUUGGCGCUAUGAAUGAUCCGGCGUACACAAAUGGGAAAUUUGAUCCUGUCGGCAUCCUCUUCCGUCUCGAUACGGACGGCACACUACACCGCGUCCUUGAAAACGUCACCAUCCCCAAUGGCAUAUCCUUCAGCCUGGACGACAAAACCAUGUACUGGACCGACACUCCCACGGGCAACAUCUAUGCCUUUGACUAUGAUGUUUCGACUGGAAACAUCUCGAAUCAGCGUGUCUUCUGGCAUACCGAAGUAGGUGGUCCGGAUGGCCACGCUAUGGAUGUCGAGGGAAAUUUGUGGGUUGCUCUUUGGGGUGGUUGGAAGGUUGUCAGAGUUUCGCCGGAGGGUAAAGUGACUGCAGAGAUUGAGGUGCCGACUAGAUGUCCUACGGCUGUUGCAUUUGUGGGCGAGGACGUCUAUAUUACGAGUGAAGAAGACCCGGAAGCUGAUAAGUAUCCCGAGUCGGCGAAAUGGCAUGGCGGAGUCUUCAAAUGUCACGUUGGAGUGAAGGGAAGGAAAUUGUACGAUGCCAAGAUUGCAUCUAUUUAA